AUGUCUACAUCUGGAGAUAGUAGAGUUGAUUCAGCUUCAGCUUCAGCUUCAUUCGAAAUUCGAGAACAUUUAAAAUCAAUCAAUUCCAAAUCUGAUGUCAAGGGAACGAAUGAUAACUCGCCAGCGCCGAAAUCAACCACAGAGGAAGAGAUCAACGACAAUUCACAAAAAGAUGAUGCUGCUACGAUGGCUGCCAGUGAAGAAUUAAAGCAUACCACCAUUUCAGACAGAAUCACCCUUCCUACAGAAACACCCUCGCAGGCACCAGAAACAGAAGCUCAAACUGAAGAUAAGGAUAUGUCCGGUACAGACAAAGACACCACACCCGAAGCUGAUCCGACCGAUGCGCAUGAUGAGGAAAUGAAAGAUCGAGUUUCUUCCCCCAAGAAGAAACGUGGUCGAGAUCAAGAUGACGAUACAAACCAUUUGGAAGAUGAUGGUGGGAGAAAUAAUGGCAGUACGAGCGAAGGAAGUACAAAUGGAAGUCGAACCAUGAGAUCAGGUCCAGAAAAAAAGAGACCUCGAGAUACUUCACAAGAACCAUCCAGAAUAUCAAGUAAAUCUUCAAUAAAGGAGAUAAGCUCGGCUGAACCUUCAAAGAUCACUCAAACAUCAACAUCAUCCACCGAAAACCCCAUUAAAUCUACAUUUGGAAGCAGCUCUGGUGACAAAUUUAUAAGUUCAGGGUUUGGUGCCUUAUCAUCUGCAACCACUUCUCCGUUUGGCACAUUGGGCGCAACCAAACCCAGCGUUUUUGGUGGAAAUACAAAAUCGCCGCUUUCAGGAUUUGGGGCUUUGGCUUCCUCUAAACCUACAACCUCUACAGCUACAUCAUCUACUUCAGGUUCCUCGGGAGAAAAAACUACAUCGGGGUUCGGGAGCGCGUUUGGUGGUGGUAGCACAUCAGGAUUUGGUGGAUUAGGUUCAGGGAGUGCAUUUGGCAGUGGGUUGAAAAAUGGAUUUGCUGGUGGAUCUGGUCCAAAACUUUCAAGCUUUGCAGCUCCAGGUAAAGAAAAUGUUGCCUUAGGUAGCAAGCCAGCCAAACCUUUUGGUGCUCCGGCUAGUGAUGCGGAGGACUCCGAUGAUGAUGAAGAUGAUAGCGAUGGUGGGGCAGAAGGAGAUGAGGAAGAAGGAGGGGAUAAAGCAGUCGUUGAGGAAAAGAAAAAGUCCAAGAAAGUUCACAUGGAUGACGGCGAAGCCGACGAAGCAACCAUACUACAAAUCAGAGCCAAGCUAUUUGCGAUGGGAUCUAAAGAGGCCGGUUGGAAGGAGAGAGGAGUUGGUACUUUGAAGAUAAACGCACCCAAAACCAGUGUCGAAUUUGACGACAGUGGCCACACAAUUCCUAAUAGUUUUGAUUCAUCAAUGCUAGAAGGACAUAGUGUACGAUUGGUCAUGCGACAGGAAAAUACUCACAGAGUUAUCUUAAAUACAGUGGUAUUGAAAGCCAUGGAAUUCAAACCUAAACCAUCGACUACCUCGGCUCAAAUUUUAUUCACAGCUUUUGAGGGAGAAACAGAAGCUAAACCUAUCAAUAUGAUACUCAAGGUCAGUACUCUCGAUACUUAUUAUGUGUAUGUUUUGUGA